UUCGGUUCAACAUUAAAAAAAAAACAAAAAAAAACAUAAAAAGUCCAUAUCUUUUUCUUUUUUUUUUCUUACGACAGGUGAUGUAUCUUGUAGCUGCUGCUGUAUGUUGCGGCCUUGGCAUCCUAAUCAGAUUUUCAAGCGGCAGUAACAAGAUGACUUGUCAGCUUCUACGUGAAGCUAUACCGGUGAAUGACCUGAAAGGAUUGGGGGAAUGUCUUGAAAAUAAGGAGAUAAAAAAACCCAUUGUUGUGGUGCGUGGAACAGUUGGAUCAACCUCGACUGUGGAUAACAGCUGUCUGGGAGUUUUCAUCGAGGAAACGGCUUCACUUGAUAUUGAGAAGAUGAAUGCCUUUGGUUCAGUAAUACCGGAAUCUAAAACCAAUUUCCUUAGCCGUAAGGAAGUUCCUUGGUAUUUGGAUGAUGGUACUGCUCGAGUGUAUGUAUGUAAUUACCAACUUGCGGAAGGGUUUUAUGAUACAUUAAAAAAAUACUUGUCUAAGGAACCAGUGAUUACAUACUUAAAAACCUUUGCUUCUGAUGGAAAAGAAAAACUGAUCAUGGUUACUGAUGCUGAUUGUUGGAAGCGUCAGAAAGUUCUUGAGAUUGGCACGGAUUUGACCGUUGUUGGUACGGCUAUGAGAGACAAAGAUGGAGCUCCCACGAUAGCAGACGCAUAUCGGUUCUUCAAUGGACAUAUCGAACUUGACGAUUUUGUUAAUUAUCUUGAAUCAGGAUUAGAGACUGGUGGGAAUUUAUCCUUAUACUUAAUAGCUCUGAGUGCGGUUUUGGUCGCUCUGAACAUGUUGCAAACUGAUGCAGAUGACAUCUGACUGGUAAAAGAUCGCAAUGAACAAGCUUUAUAUUACUGCCUUUUGUUUUUGUUUUUGUGUUAAGAUUUCAUAAUCUAUUAGUCGCUGACUUUAUAUGUUUAUCAAUCAGAUUUAAAUAAAGAACGUGAUUGUGUUGGUCCUGUUGGAUAUGAUAAAUGUAAGCGAACAUGUGUGUAUAUUGAUCUUAAUCUUAUAUGCUUGUGGGGGUGGUGGUUAUGUUUUAUAA